AAGGGCUGGGAGUAGAGGCAGGGGGAGAGAGACAGAAUGGGAUAAUGGGAAUGAACAGUCUGUGAGGGCAAAAAGGGUAAGAUCACCAGAUUUAUAGCAUCUGACUGGAGGGCGUGUGACCUCACCAAAGGUAAACAGACCUGUUGCCCCGGGCUAGAGGUAGAGGGAACGAAAGAAGAAGGUGUGUGAGAGAGAGAGAGGCAGGAAAAAACUCCACCUGCUUUGUACACAUAUAUUCAUUCAUCUCAACCUCACCUAGGCAACCUAACCGCCAUACCUGGCUGGACUCAAACACUAAGGAAGCACAGGAGACUCAACACGGGAGAUAGCGAGAUCCAGGCACAAGAUAAACACCAGAGGAGCCAAGAGACUCCUCUCCUGAAGCCUGGACUAAAGGCAAUUGACAGUGGAGCAAGUCCUGUCAUGUCAGGUGUGUUAUCAUCGGAGAGAGCAGUUAUCUGUCUCAGCAUUGCUUCCUGACGGGGGAUCUGGGCAAGCGAGCAAACAGAGAACGGAUGGUGCAUCAGACACCAGCCAGAUAAGAAGACAAGACCAUUUCAAUGAGAAUGCUUUCGAUUUAAACCGUAGCAGAAAACAUUGACUCCAUCACACGGUGAUAACGAGAUUGAGAAAUAUUCCAGUGUUAAAUCGACCUCACAGGAUGCCCUUGAAGACCUCGCUGUACCGCAAGCCUGCCUCGGCUCGCUGGCCCCGACGGCUGUCCAAGCGCCGGGACGUCAUCUCCGUCAACAUGAUCAGCCUCCCGCUGGGCGACUUCCGGCACCUCUCCCACAUCGGCUCAGACGGCCAGGGUGACCGGUUCGGAGACCUGUCCUUCCUGAAGCACGGACACAGCCUGCUGCUCCAGAGUUCCCAGAGCGAGCAGAACCUCUUCCUGGCCUGCUCGCCUCCGCCGCCACCAAAGCCCCCGCGCCUCAACCUGGACGAGGCCGAGGGCCAGGAGAGCCCCAACUGGCCGGCCCGGCGGCAGAGCUCGGCGCACAGGCGGAAGAAGUGCAGCUCCCUCCCACUGCUCGACAGCGAGGAGGGCGACAUGGUCGAGGACGAGCCACCCGGGUCUGACCGGACCAGCACCAGCACCAGCACCAGCCCAGGACAUGGAAGCCUGAACUCAGGGAGAGACUACAGCCAGGCUCCCAUGGACAUUUCACAGCCAGAUGAGAUCGACUCGGCAUUCUCCUUCAGUCUUGACCUCGGCCCAUCCAUUUUGGAUGAUGUGCUUCAGGUGAUGAACAAGCAUCAUCAGUAAAGAAAUGGAGCCUGGACCGAACCCAUAACUUAAAUAAAUGUAGUCUAUUUAGAUGACCUCUCCCUGAGGCCUGUCAGACCUAGAAUUUCCAAGUGUCUUUGAACAACUAAUAUUGUUAUAUCACAACACUCCCCUAUAGCUAUCACAAUGGCCACUGGAUGCUUUGGGUAAAUAUAGUGAUGAACAGUUCCACUUUGGACAGAGGAAAAUAUUGACUUCAAGAAGCUUCCCAAGACUUUUCUGUCACAUAGGCUUUUUUGUGGUACUAUCCCUAAUAGGAUGUUGCUGAUCAGGAAUAAAUGCCGCAUGUGACAAGAGAGCCCAUUGCACCCGUGGUGGCUUACAGAAGCAUCAGCAGGACUUGCUAUCCUCACAUCAUCUCGGAUCGCUGGACCUCCACCGGAACACAGUGCGGAUAGAUGGAUAUCAGCCCUGAUUCGUAUCUUAAGCUCAUAGCUGCUGACACAAGAGGACCCACAUGCACGCACGCGUGCUCCAGUGAACACACACACACACACACACACACACUUUCCCUCACACACAGCACCCACCCAUUCCUCCUCUGUGUGAAUGGGAGGUCAUCUGAAAAGUAGACAGCAAUAACAAAACUCAGACUCCCGCCAGUAUUGUGCAACUUACUAUUGAGUUUCUUCCUGGAAGUGUGGAAUUAGGCAACAGCCAUUCUACAAAUUCGUAACUUUGAGCCAACACUUUAACCUGUGACCUUAUGUUACAUUUGGGUACUGGGCUUUCUACAGUAUCAAAGAGCCUUGAUUUUGGAUUUCAAUUAUACACUGAAAGGUAAGGGUUAACACAGUUUGAUCAUACUGUAUAUUCACAUUGUCCUUGAUACGGUGGAGAAACAAAAAGUUAAUAUUCUCCAGGUACUGCCUCUGUUACUGCAUUAUACCUAGUUAAUAAUUUAGCAGCUUCCUCAAGACUAAAAUGGACCUUUUAGAAAACCAUGUCUUGGUGAACUUGAUUUGUUUGCUGUACUCCCACUGGUGCUAGGUACUGUACUGAUUUAGUGGGCACACACACAUUAAAAUGUUUUUCUAUUUUAAUA